AUGUCGGUUCUCCCCACUGACGUCCCUGAUGGCGCACUCGCUACCCCCGAGUCAUGCGGCGACCUCCCGUCCGCUGCCACCGCCCCGACGGACCUCUUGCCCGCGGACAGCGAGGAGGAGAUCUACCACGCCGAGCGCGUCCUCGCUAACGGAGACUUCUACUCUGGGCAAUGGUGCGGCAACCUGCCCCACGGCACCGGCAAGUACCUCUGGACCGACGGUUGCAUGUACAUGGGCGAGUGGGACCACGGAAAGACCAUGGGGAAGGGCACGUUCUCGUGGCCCUCCGGCGGCACCUACGAGGGGGAGUUCAAGUCGGGGUUCAUGGAAGGCUACGGCACGUACACGGGCUCCUUGGGCGACACCUACCGCGGCACCUGGUCCGUGAACCUUAAGCAUGGCCACGGGGUGAAGUCCUACGCCAACGGCGAUUACUACGACGGCGAGUGGCGCUCCGGCGUUCAAGAUGGCCAUGGAAGGUACGUCUGGAAGAACGGGAACGAAUACGACGGGCAGUGGCGGGCGGGCGCCAUUGACGGCCACGGAACCCUCGUCUGGGCGAACGGCAACCGGUACGAGGGAGGGUGGGAGAAUGGACUCCCGAAGGGUGACGGGAGCUUCCGUUGGGCCGACGGAGGCGUUUACGUCGGGCAUUGGAGCAAGGAGAACGGCAGCCUUCAGCAGAAGGGCGUCUACUACCCUUCGCCGACCGCAUCUUCCCCCACUGCCCGGGAUCCCCAUGGAGUUUUCUCUGUCGAUCUCGGAGAUUGCAAGGUCUCCACGGGCGACAAUGCAUCCGCGCUUCCUCCGCAGAAGGCAGUCAACCGGUCGGGCAGAUCCGACUUGCUGCAGAAGCAGGCAGCCUUGAGGUUCUCCAAGUCGACAGAUUCGCGGCCUAGGAGAAGAGCCUCGGUGGAGGUCGUCUCGACAGGGGGUGUGCCGAGAUGUUCAAAUCGCCAUGCAAACACUCUUACCGAUUGUGGCGUCGAGAACGACGGCGGAAUCGAGGGAGAAGCGGAGGUGUCGGUGGAUGACAUUCUUGGUGGCCUUCGAUUCGACGACGCGGAGUCGAAGGGGGUGGGGAGAAUCCAGCAGCCGAUAAAGUGGACGCCCAGGGAGAUGAAGAAGCAGGGGGAGGCGAUCUCAAAGGGGCACAAGAACUAUGAACUCAUGCUCAAUCUCCAGCUUGGUAUCAGGCAUGCAGUAGGGAGGCUACCUGAACCCAAAACACUUGAUCUGAAAACGUCAGUCUUCGAUCCAAAGGAGAAGAUAUGGACGAGGUUUCCUCCCGAAGGAACGAAACAAACACCCCCACACCAAUCUUGUGAGUUCAAGUGGAAGGACUACUGCCCAUUGGUCUUCAGAACGCUUCGCCAGCUAUUCAUGGUUGACCCAGCCGACUACAUGAUGUCGAUCUGCGGAAACGACGCCCUCCGCGAGCUCUCGUCCCCGGGGAAGAGUGGAAGCUUCUUUUACCUCACAAAUGAUGAUCGAUACAUGAUAAAAACGAUGAAGAAAUCGGAAGUGAAAGUGCUUCUCCGGAUGCUUCCAGCCUACUACAACCAUUUCCGAGCUUUUGAGAACACUCUGGUCACCAAGUUCUUCGGUCUGCACUGCGUAAAGCUAACUGGGGCUGCCCAGAGAAAGGUCCGGUUCGUCAUAAUGGGCAACCUGUUUUGCUCGGAGCACCCUAUACAUAGGCGCUUCGAUCUCAAAGGGUCCUCCCAUGGACGCAUGACGGACAAGCCCGAGGCGGAGAUUGACGAGACCACCACCCUGAAGGACCUCGAUCUCAACUUAAUUUUCCGGCUGCAGAACUCCUGGUUUCAGGAAUUCCACAGGCAAGUCGAUAAAGACUGCGAGUUCCUGGAGCAGGAGAGGAUAAUGGAUUACAGUCUUUUGGUGGGAGUCCAUUUCAGAGAAGCAUCGACCUCGCAGGAGACAACUGAUGGUCAUUCUCAAACUCAAAUUGCUUCCUCUGAAGUCGACGACACGAACGAUGCAACCCUCCGCCUGUCAAGAGUAGACAUGGACGAGUUUCUUUGGGAUUUGAUACGAUUGCCUUCAACAAAACUAGGCGUAAAUAUGCCAGCAAGGGUUGAACAAAUAGUGAGGAGUGAGGGUGAAUCCUUGCUAGUUAUGGAACCAACGGGCGAGUUCUAUGAUGUGAUUCUGUAUUUUGGCAUCAUAGAUAUUCUGCAGGAUUACGAUAUCAGCAAAAAGCUCGAACAUGCUUACAAGUCCAUUCAGUAUGAUCCAACCUCGAUAUCAGCUGUUGAUCCGAAGCAGUACUCCAAACGCUUCCGCGACUUCAUUUACAAAGUAUUUUCAGAAGACACUUGA